CUCUGCACGAAAAACUCGCACGAAGCGUUAAUUAUUUGGACCUUCAAUAGUUACAAUGCUAGGCUAUUUUAACACCGCUCGCAUUCAAACGGCGUUUGAUCAUCAAUUGAUAGGGCCGGAGCGAGCUUCCACGGCAACAAGGGUAUCGGAUUCCAAAUAAAAAAAAUUUUCCACAGCCCCGAAUAUUGGCUUUGCUAAUGGGGAAUCUUAUUCACAUCCACACAAUCCAACAGCUCCAACUUCAUCAAUAAGCUGCCACCUAUAGUUUUUGUGAUUCCAACAUACCAUUUCUGACUCCAGAAAAAUAUUCCAUCCGAUAGAGACCGGAAUUUUCUGCCAAAAAACACGCUUCUAUAACUCUCGCGUGCUUUACCUCUUCACAUUAUAACAAAUAAAUGAUGCUAAGCAGACGGUGGAAACUUCAGCACAGGGAUAAUUUACACAGCACUGUGGCUUUUCUCCAUAGUAGUCUGAAGUACGACUAUUUUUAUGUCAUGGAAGCCUUUGAUAAACGCGACUGAUCGCAAUUACCUCUUGUGAAUGGAAGGAAAAUCCCUGGCCCUGCAUUAGCAUUAUUAACUUUUUGUGAAAGGUUAUCCAUUGAGGUCUGGCAACGUACGGCGUAGCAGUGAUUGAUGAUUCUAAAAGUAUAAAUUGCAAAGCAAGAUCCAGGAUUCCGUUCACGCACAAGAGUGGCUUUUUCCGCGAUAGUUUCACCAUAAAAGUUGUAAAUCUAAGAACAGAGUGAACCUAAAAAAGCUAGGUGCUUCGUCUGUGGUCUGAAUGGAGGUUGGAAGUAGUAGCAGGAGAAGGUUUUCCUCGUACGAGAGGCUGGCACUCAUAGGCAUGGCGGUGCUAGCUGUGGCUUCUCCUCUCUACAUAGACCGCAAAACCGCGAGUGAGUUGGAAGAUGAAGAGGAAUCUAUCAACUUUGCUUUUUUAUUGCCUCUCUUGCUUUUUCUAUUGAUUUUGGUCGUGGCUUCAUCGGCUUGCUUGGACAGGAGUUUCACCAGGUUUGAUCGUCACUGGAUUCAUCGGGUCGGUGGUUCUUCUGGAGGUAUUGUCAUGAUUCUUAUACUCCUUUUUCUGGUUUUGAAGUGUAAAUCGUCUCAGUGAAGAGCUGGGAAACUCAAACUGUACUCCAAGAUAUCAAAUGCUUUCAAGAACUCUUAAAUUGUCGAGUUCCAAAAAAAAAAAAAAAAAAAAACCCUUUUCAUCCAUAAUUGUGAUUUGCAUUGAAGUUUUCUUGUGAUAUUUCAAUUCGUAUGAUCGAUACAAGUAUAGAUUAAAACCU